GGGCUGCCAUGCGCAUUGCCGGCCCGCGGCCCCGGUGCCACACACAGCAUGGUGGAGCGGCUGCCCGCCACGCCGCCGUCAAGCGAGAGCGGCCGUAAAGGGCGCCUCGGCUGCGCGACAGUGAGCGGCGGCGGGCGGGUAUUAAAACAGGUCAGUUACSUGGAGUGAUGCAUUAAGUGCCUGCAAAACCGCUUGUACCAUYACUGUUGAAGGGGUGCAUCUCUUGAAGUUGACAAGAUAAAACAUCUCUGGUUCUUCAGGUCAGGAAACUUGUACUGGAAAAGGCAUAAUAAUGCACUGAAGAGAAACUGAAAGAAGUACUACAUGCCUUAUUGAGCAGAAAACUGUUUCUGAAGUGUUUGGGCAAACUACAUGUAUAUGUAGUGAAAUCUACAMAGGUUGAAGCUGUGGGGAGCAUGGGUUAUGAUAUUGAGCGCUUCGUGGGCUAUGUCAAUGAAGGGCUGUUGUGCUCCAUCUGCCGAGAUGUGUUAGAAGAUCCACUGCAGGCUCCUUGUGAACACGCUUUCUGCACUGCCUGCAUCCAUGGGUGGCUUGUUCAUCACAGUAACUGCCCUGAAGACAGACAAAUGAUUGAUGUGUCUUUGCUACGACCUCUCUACAGAUAUAUGAAAAAUGAUUUAAACCGUCUUCAGCUACAUUGCAGAAACAGAGAGUAUGGCUGUGAAAUGAUUUGUUCUCUGGAGUCUAUAGACAGGCAUGAAAGGGAGUGUGAGUACAGUCAGAUACCUUGCUCCAAUGCUGGUUGUACGGUGCAGAUUGAGCGGCGUAACCUGGAUGGGCACCUGGCRGUGUGUGAGUACCGGAGCCGGGAGUGCCCCAAUGGCUGUGGUUACACCAUUCUCAGUGCAGAGGACACACAGCAUAAUUGUGUGGCAGAGCUAAGAACCGAGCUGGAGCUGCUUCGGUCAGAAAUGAUCUGCAGAGUGGAGGAGGCAAAACAUGAGAUGGAGUCAAGGUUAGAUUCACAGAGAAGGCAUAUGGUCCAAAAAGAGAGUAUUCUGCAAAAUGAAAUUGAAGAACUAAAGAGUCAGAUGUCACGAAUGAUGUCAGAUGUACGGUCUCUGAUGGCUGCRGAGAGACAGCACCGUCAGGAGCUGGAGCAGGCAGAGCUGGAAAAACGGGAGUUAAUGGAGCUGCUGAAGGGGCUGCAGAAGGACUGUCGGUUAACUACUACAGAGGGAAGCAGGAAGUCAAAUUUCCGUCCUUUGACACGACUGGAGAGUGCAAAAAGAAAACCUAGGGAAGUUACAGUUAUCUAAAUAGUACUAAUCUCAGCAAGCAUUUUUCUUUAUAUAAUACCUGAUUUAUUUGUUUUCUUUUAACAUCUAAAUUAUGAUUGAAUUUGUUUUGGGGCCAUAAAAACAAACAGAAUAUUUUUCUCUGAAGGAACACUGGUCAUUAAAACCAGUAACUGGCAAGCAUACUUUUAGCUAAUGAUGUUUUUGUAAAAAAGGKAAGGAGACUUGAUUUAUUGUCUCUUUAGUCUUUCAAGCCUGAAAACUAUAGCCUUUUAAAGUCAAAGAUAUGGACUAUUAUGGACCAGGAAGGAAACAACCUAUAAGURUCUGUGUUUCAAGCAAAAAAAGCAAAAGUGACCAUCCAUAAUGACAUUUGGSAUGUACUUAAUUGGGGAAAAGUGAAUUGUAGAAUUAGUAAGUCAGUAAUAGAAAUUAAUAAGAUUUUGUUUGUUUGUAGUCUGUAGAAGGUCUUAUUUCAAAGGUGGAAAGCAAGCACUUAAAAUUGUAAUUCUUCUGCUAUUUAACAACUUUGGGUGAGGUUGACCAUUGCUUUAGAGCUUCUUCUCAUUUCCCAGGCUGAUACACCCUUAAGAGACAAAUACUAAAGCCCAAGGUMGUAGAAUAAUCUAAAACCUUUUUAAACAGAUGUGUGAAUAACUUUGAGUUUGUGGGAAUAGAUCUGCUUCUUAUUUAAAAAUGUGAAGCUUUUAUAUGUUUAAAGUAUCAGGUAUUUCUACAGGAUCUUUUAAGCAUAAGACCAGUCCAUUUGGUACUCAAUGUCUUUAAAGCAUUUCUAAAUCCCUAGAGUAUCCUUAAUUUUCUUGUUGCAGGUUUAAGGCUACUUGAUAUCCACAAGAGAUGGAUAUUUGCACAGUCAUUUGGGCUUCAGACAUCUGUGUUAUGGUCAAGCAGGCUGCAGGGAGUGCCAGUGCCUGGCACUGACUUGAGAGGGUAACWCAGUCAACAUCUGUGUGAGUGCGAGCAGGUCAAUGAUCUGCUCUGCUUGGUGGUACAACUCAAAGAGGAGGUGGAGGGUUAAGGGAUGUUAGAGCAUCUGAGAAAGAGAUUGAUUGGUUGGAGCCAUUCUCUACUUCCCCGGAGGCAAAUGUACCAAUCAAAUGCACCUCAGAAAAGGGAGGAUCACUAGGGUGGYAGGACUGUCAUGGGGGCCCAGCUAAAGUGCAUCUACACCAAUGCACAGUGUGGGCAGCAAGGAGAAGAAGCUGGAAGCCAUUGUUCAGCAGGAAGGUUUUGAUGUAAUCUCCAUCACAGAUACAUGGUGGGAUGACUCUCAUGACUGGAGUGCUACAAUGGCUAUAAGCUCUUUAGAAUAGACAGGCAAAACAGGAGAGGUUGUUAGAGAGCACUGUACUGUAGGGAGGGUUUGGAUUGUAUUGAAAUUGAUGACGAUUACAAGGUUGAGUGCCUCUGGGUAAAGAUCAGGGGGAAGGUCAGCAGAGCAGAUGUCAUGGUGGGAGUCUGUUAGAGACCACCCAGCCAGGAGCAGGCUGAUGAGGUGUUCUACAAGCUGCUGGCAGAAGCCUCACAGUCACCAGCCCUCAUACUCACGGGUGACUUCAACUUGCCACUUGUCUGCUGGAAAUGCAGCAGAGAGGAAGCAGCCUAGAGGUUCCUGGAAUGUGUGGAAGGUAACUUUCUAACACAGCUGGUAAAUGAGCCUAACAGAUGAGGGGCCCAGUUGUUUGUGAGCAAGGAAGGUCUGGUGGGUGCUGUGGUGGUCUGUGGCCAUGUUGGGCAGAAUGGAUGCAAACCUAAGGGUUUCUCUACUGGGUGAAAUAAGGAGGGGCGCCAGCAGAACUUCCGCCUUGACUUCAGCAAGCAGACUUUGGCCUGUUUGGGACACUGGUUGACCAAGUCUCUUGGAAGUCAGUCCUGAAGGGCAAAGGGGCCCAGGAAGGCUGGAUGUGCUUUUUAAAGGAAUUGUUAAAUAUUCAGUAAUGGCCUGUCCCCAUGUGUAGAAGGAUAAGUUGUCAGGGGAAAAGAGCAGCAUGAUUAAACAGAGAACUUUAAGCUGGAACUUAGGGGAUAAAAAGAGAAUAUAACAYCUCUGGAAGGAGGGUCAGGUAACUUGGGAGAAACAUAAGGAUGUCACAACGUCAUGUAGGAAGAAGUUUAAUAGGGCCAAAGCCCAGCUGCAGCUUGAUUUGGCCACUACAGUKAAAAAAAACCAAAAGAAGUUURUAUAAAUAUGUUGACCACAACUAUGCCAUUAGUUAAAUGCAGAGGAUAGUGAAGUGACAGGCUGAGGAAAAGGCAGAGGUACUUAAUGCCUUCUUUGCCUCAGCCUUCAGUAUCAGGAUCAGCUGUUCUCAGGAUUCCCAGCUCCCUGAGAUGGAAGUUGUUGAUGGGUAGAUGAGUGAGGGCCCCAUAACCCAGAAGGAGAUGGUUAGUGAUCUGCUAUGGCAGUUAGGCACUGACAAGUCUAUGGGCCCUGAUGGGAUCCAUCCCAGAGUAAUGGAACUGACAAAAGUACCUGUCCAAACGCUUUGAAUCAUCUGUCAGCAGUCCUGCUUAACUGUAGAAGUUUUAGCUGCCUGGAGAUUAGCAAAUGUAACGCCCAUCUACAAGAAGGGUUGGAAGGAUGAUCUGAGGAGCUACAGGCCUGUCAGCCUGACCUCAGCUCUGGGUGAGGAAGAGAUCAUCCUGGGUGCCAUUAUGUGGCACAUGCAGAACCACURAGGGAUCAAGCCCAGACAGCAUGGAUUUAAGAAAGGCAGGUCCUGCUUGACUGAUCUGAUGUAUGACUAAGUGACCUGCUUAGAAGAUGAGGGAGAGGCUGUGGAUGUUUUCUGUCUAGACUUCAGUAAAACAUUUGACACUAUCUUCCACAGCAUCCUCCUAGAUAAACUGGCUGCUUGCAGCUUGGUUGGGUGGACUCUCCGAUGGAUAAAAAAUUGGCUGGAUGUCAGGUCCAGAGAGUGGUAAGGAAUGGAGCUAAAUCCACUUGGCAGCUGGUCACCAGAGGUGUUCCCCAGGGCUCAGUGUUUGGGUCAGUCCUGUUUAACAUCUUUAUUGUUGAUCUGGAUGUGGGGAUUGAGUGUGCCCUGAGUGAAUUUGCAGACAGCACCAAGCUGGAUGGCAAUGUUGGUCUGCUGGAUGGUAGUGUUGGUCUGCUGGAUGGUAGGAAGGCUCUGCAGAUAGACCUGGACAGACUUAAUCAAUGUGCCAAGGACAACUGCACAMGGUUCAAUAAGGUGAAGUGCUGGGUCCUGCUCUUGGGUUGCAGGAACACAUUGCAGUGCUACAGGCUGGGGGCAGAGUGGCUUGAAGCUGUUCAGCAGAAAGGGAUGUGGAGGUGCUGGCUGACAGCUGGCUAAAUAUGAGCCAAUGUGUGUGCUCAGGUGGCCAAGAAGGCCAGUGGCAUCCUGGCCUGUAACAGACUGGCAGUGAUUGUCUCCCUGCACUGGGCACUGGUGAGGCCACACCUCAAGUCCUGUGUCUGGUUUUGGCCCCUCACUUAAAAAAGGACAUUGAAGUGCUGAAGCAUGUCCAGAAAAGGGCAGCAAAGCUCAUGAAAGGUGUAGAAAGCUUGUCCUAUGAGGAGCAGMUGAGAGAGCUGGGUUUGUUUAGUCUAGAGAAGAUGAGGCUCGGGAGGACCUCUUCAUUGUCUACAAUUCCUCGAAAGGUGUGUGUAGCCAGGUGAGGGCUGGUCUCUACUACUGUGCCUACAGUGAGAGGACAAGAGGAAAUGGCUUUGUGCUGAGAUGAGAGAUUCAGAUUAGAUGUUAGAAAAAAAAAUUCACUGUUAGGUUGGUCAAGCAUUGGAAUAGGCUGCCCAGGGAGCUGGUGGAGUCACUAUCCCUGGAGGUGUUCAAGAGCUGUCAGGAUCCGGUGCUGGGCGUUGGUUUCGUGGUUUAGGGGUUACAGUGGUAGUUCUGAGUUGACAGUGGAACUUGGUCUCUUCCAACCUUGAUGAUUCGAUGAUUCAAAGUUGGCAAUAGGAUUUUUUAACAGAUCCACAAAUCAAGGAGGGGUUAUCUGUAAGCACUGCAUGAGAAAUCUGUAUGGUUCAAACACUUUCUCCAGWCUUCUUACACAGCCUGUUCAUGUUGUUUUCAGUGGGAUAACUAAGCCAUAUCCUCAGCUCAUCAGUGGACUAACUAUAGAGAAAUCUGGCCUUCUGUUUACUAAAUGUGUUAAAUCAAUUUUGAAGGCUCAGGAAAAUCUGUGCAGGUUCAAUGAUCCAAAUAUGUUAAUUUUAUAGUUUAGAAAGCAACUGCAUUACUGUGCAUGCCUUGCUUUCACUCAGAGCAAUGCUUUUAUCACUAAUAGCAUAACCAAAGAGAGAGGCAGCAAUCUUCUUUAGCACAUAGUCUACGCUGUGUAGGCUUGUGGUCAGAGCUGUCUGAAUUUCAGGCAUUAACGAAUCUUUCUAACUUGCUGUUUCUUUAGUACCACUGAGGCAGAUGUGCACAUGUUCAGGUCUUACAUAUUUAAAAACUGGUCUUGCUUAUUUAAAAACUGACAUAAAUAGCUUUUCUGUAAAAGAGGGUUUGCUCAGGCAAAAAACCCACAUUCAAAGUAAUUGAGAAUAUUUGGGACUCUGUAGYGGUCUCACCAAUUCAUGACAUAGCACAUCUCUUAAGCAGCCAUAUUUAAUAAUCUGAAACAGUAAAUCAGUAGCUAUAAUUUGGGAAGACCUUCACUCACACUAAAUGUUCAGUGGUCAGUUCACUUACAUCAGUGUGUGUUUUAAAGCAAUAGGUAGAAAGUAAGAGUGCUGUUACUCUCGUGUUCUAAACAAGCAAGUUGUGUCUGUGCUCUGCGUGACAUUAUUGCAGCAUUCACGCUGAUUUUCAAGCUUUUUGGCAAUACCAGAYUUCAUGCUGUUAGAUUCAGUUAGUGCUUUUCUGUGUACUGUAACAGUGUGGUUGUGAUGUGACUUUAUCUACUUUGCCUAAUAUAAAGAAGAAAAUUAUUCGAAAUGUGUUAGAACUCAAUGACCURGAUCAUCUUUCCUCAGUCAGAGGGCAGUAACCCAAUGUUUUCUGUUCUGACCACAAAAGAAAGCAAGUUAUUAGCUCUGUGCUUUCCCCAUAAUGGGAUCUCUGCAUUUGUUUGCUUCGGAAACUUCACCCACUUAUUUAUGACUAAAUUCCUCAAGAUGGGAAMUAGGGUCUUUUUAAUGUUUACUUAGCAUUAGGUCUGCUGUCAUUUCCCUAAGUGAUGGACACAAAACUGCAUGAGAAAACACRUCCUAGGUGGUAAGGAAGGACUUUCUGCUGUGCAAUUGAGCUCUGACAGUCUGAACUUCCAGUGUGGAAAUUUGGCAACACUUUGGGCCCACUGGCUGCUGGAAUGGCCUGUCAGUUUGGGUUUCCUUUAGCAGCAGAGAAGCACUUUGAGAGAUGUUUUAAAUAGGCACACAGUAGUUAAUGGYAUCAGGUCCCUCUGGUGACUUCAAGCUUUAUGCCAUUCCUCUGGGUAGCAAUUCUGCACUGCAGAUUUUCCUUUGCUAAUGAGCCCCUCACAAGGUGGCAUUGCUGAAGUAUCAUCAUCACUUGACCUGUCUUACACUUGACUAGACUGACAUUAAAUAGCCCAUUAAUAUUUAGUCUACUUCUUGCUUUUCCAGUCUCAUGUAUUAUGCAGCCCUUAAUAGCAGUUGGCAGAAGCAAGGGAUUUUUUUUUUCUUUCAAAUAGUCUGUUAAUCCUUUUCACAAAAACUAAGACUCCAAAUAUUGUACUAGACUUAAUGUAAGUUAAAGACAUUCACUUGGAAAUUCUACUUCCCUAGUCAUGAUCAUAUUUCAUAUGAUCRUAUGAGAGCCUCUGUUAAAAGUGCAUUACAGGAGGGCUUCAGCAUGGAAUUACUGCUGAUACUGUUCUCUUACUAAAUCACACUUUAAUCAGUUCCAUUUCCUCACAAGUGGAACUGCUGCUCAAGUGGACCAGUAGCUCUUCAAAUUGUUGUAUUUUGAGUUGCUUCUUCUAGCUCUUUUUUUUAGCUGGAAGAGGGAGAACAAGAAGUACAAGUAAGUGUGGUGUGAUUGUUUCCUCAGCCAAAAAUCAGUGAUGCGGCUGCACUGGCCUGUGCCACCAGCCAGCUUACUGGUGUGCUGCCAGCAUAUGGCAGGGAUUUAACAUGGCAUUAGAAUUAAAAGGAGAUUAAAUCUUUAUCCACAGUUCGGUGGGUACACGGUGUCAUAGUACCAAGCCUGGGAGAUUCACAAACAAAACUCAGAGCAAGCGGUUAAGUCAAGUAUGUGGAACUUGCAUAUACAGGAGUUUCUUGUCAGCAUAGAAGAGAAGGGAGUUGCACAGUCAAGCAAAAUACCUGCUAUAGUGAUGUAUUUUGACGGCCAAAAGUGGUUUUAUCUGAAAUGUUCUUAGGUGUUUGUGUAAAGUAAUGUAGUAAUAGACCCCRGUUGCAAACAGUUCCUACAAUUUAUAGAAAUGGGUAGCCUUGCAAAUGAUAUUUUCCAUGUGCUGCCCUCUUGGAUGUUUCUGGCAUGGUGCUUCUCUACAGCCACUUUCCUUAGAAGUGCUGGAUAGUAUUGACAAGGAGCAGUACUAGCCUUGCCUUUCUCCCGUACUGUUGUCAGAUGGAGUACGGUAGRUCAGGGAGAUUUUACCACGUAGAAGAUGCCUUCAUAAAGACCUACAAUUCUAUGCAACUUUCUAUUAACUGAGUAAACACUGAACUGUCUUCCAGCAUUAUGGGUCGCUGCCAGUCUAUUUACGUUUUCUACCUUUAUAUGCACAAGGAUAAACCAGCGCUUA